AUGGGGGGUGCUGCUUCCAGCGACGUGAAGAAUGCUAUCGAGGGGAAAUCGGCCGACGAGAUCGCUGCGGCUCUGAAGGAGCUCCCAGCAGACCAGCUCGCAAAGGUCAAAGAGGCGGUGGGCAAAGGUCCUGCGGCAGUUGCCUGCCCCGGACCGGUUGAUUGCUCCAAGAUCAGCGUGGUGGGAAAGGACUACAAGGGUCUGCUGGAGCAGCCUGCAGAGCCCAAGUUCAAGGGUGCCCUGGCUCAGAUUUUCGUCCGAUCGCAGCCUUACGGAGGAUCUGACAAGAGCAACAACGGCCACCGCUACGACUCUAUUCCCUUCGCCAAUGGCAUGAUCACUUCCGGCAUGAGCUGCCAGUUGAUUCACUACACGCAUGAAGAGCAUGCUGCAUUCUUCGAGUUGUGCAAGAGCUUCAACUUCAUCAUCGUCCGCUGCAAUCCAGGCCAGAUCAAGGCCGACGGCGGAGAUCAGCAGAAGUUCGACGACGGCAUGCGUGAGAUGCGCAAAGCCGGCAUCCAGGUGUGGCCCUCUCCGGACGUCAUGGAGAAGAUGGGAGCAAAGGACGCUCUGUGCAAGGUGGCCACGCUGAACAUCGGGCUGGAGGACACCCUGGCAUACUAUUCGCCAGAGGACUUCGCCGUGGGCUUUAAGAAGACCAUGGCCUUCCAGCCGCGCGUGAUCAAGCAGAACCGCGGCUCCUCGGGCGAGGGCAUCUGGAUCAUCAAGCUGGCCGAGGGCAACUACUGCAAGGAGUACGGUGAGAGGUCCUGCGAGGAUGGCGAGGUCCUGAAGCUGAUGGAGGCGAACGACAACCACGAGGAGACCCACACCGUGGCCGAGUUCAUCGAGUUCUGCGUGAGCGGCCGCACGGACAAGUCCGGCGAGUGGACCUCCAAGGGCGUCGGAAAGUACCUCGAGGGCGGCAAGGAGGCCGGUGGCCAGCUGGUGGACCAGCGCUUCUGCCCGCGCAUCGUGGAAGGCGAGCUCCGCUACAACCUCAUCGUGGACUCGCUUGUGGGCAUCAUCCACAAGAAGCCGAAGGAGGGCGGCAUCUCCGCCGUGGGCGGCACCGGCUCCAUCUACACUUACUAUGGCCCCGAGGAGGUAUCCUUCAAGACGCUGACCGACAACUUCCUGCAGAAGGACCUGCCGAAGGUGAUGCCGUCCCUGGAGCUGGCAGAAGAGCCCGUGCCCCUGUGGUGGACCACGGACUUCAUCUUGGCUUCCCCCGAGGGCACGCCCAAGGAGGAGGAGAAGUGGAUCGUCGGCGAGUUCAACUGCUCCUGCGUGGGCAUCUCGAGGUGCCUGGCCGCCUACUGCAAGGAGGACACUCCCAACGCCUGCUUCGAUGACAUCACGGAGGAGGACAAGGCGGAGGCCAAGAAGUACGGCGACCUCAUGGGCCAGAAGGCUCUUGGCAUCCUCUCCAAGUGA